AUGCUUAAAUUGAUUCAGAAAUUUGUGGACGACUCACUAGAAAAGGCUUUAAAAGGAGAAAAAUUAGAUAAAUUCGCAACUAGAUAUCAUUCGCAGCUAUUCGACUCUAAGAUUUCAUUCUACACACUUGUAAUGGAUCAAUUGGUGAGAAGAAGAUUAUUAUUAGUUUUUAGGGCAGAAAUGUUUCAACGGAUUUAA